AGUUUUUCAAAAUGGCGGAGAGUUUGAGUAAGUUUUCCGCCAAAUAUAUCUAAGUUUUGGACUUCAAAUACAAGCCAUUUUACCCUGAGAAGCCACUGUAAACUAUAAUGGCUGGAGCAAGCCAUAAUUUGUUUAAAUGGAACCGACAGACAAAGACGACAACGGUAAGGAAAACAGCUGCAAUUAAAGCUUAAGUUCGCUGCAGCUGCAACUUGUGCUUCUAUUGUGUUUAUUCACAGAACGGCUAGUAAAGAGGGGAAAGGUAUGUUAAGGUGUCAAUUUUCACACCUUUUUGACAUGAAAUCGAUAUUUCUCACUUGAAAUUCGAAUUCUACGAUAAUGAGAACUUUAAGUUAGCAUCCACGUGAAUAAUUAAAAGGAGCUGAAAUACUUCAAAAAAGGUCACAUUUUGGGUACAUUUUAGCCGUACGUAAUACCUUAAUUCAGCACUAAAAAGUAUUUUGGCCUCAUUUAAUAGCAUUCUUCAAGAGGUGAAGUGCAAGACUGGAUUAAGGUAGGCCUAACUUUUUAAACGUUUUACAACCGUUAUAUUUCGCCUGAGAAUUGAUAGGGAACGGAUAAUAGAUGACCACAUAAUGCCCAGCAUAUCACGUCAUUGGUGCAAAAAAAUACCUAUUGAAUCCGAUCAUCAAGAAUAUUUGUGAUGACACAAAAUGCAUCAAAAGAUGUUGUUGGCAUUGUAACAUUUUAUUAUUGACCAUUUGACCUGAUUUUUUUACUUCCCACCAACUGCAUUAUUGCUUGUGUUACAAUGGCAUACCGGAGUUUAUGAAGAAACAUUCUACACUAAGGGAAAGUUCAUUUAAUAUGACAGGGGGGGAUGAAGAUAUUGAGGGGGGCUCCAAAAUUUUUAGACACCGAAGGGGGCUCUGAAAAAUUGUUGCGCUAGGAGGGGGGCUCAAAAAUUUGUAUACUUCAAACAAACACAUGACAUCAUCAUACAGAUCGGAUGGUUUUCAACUCAACAAUUUAAUGACCUGUGCAACUCAGCUAUAUCACGUGGUUUACAGAUAUAACAAAUGUAGUCUCAGUAAUUAUUACACUCUUGUUCAUCCCAAAAAUGCUUUAGAAAAUUGUAUCACAACUGUAUCUCAAGUUUGUCAUAGUAUAAACCAUUGAAGACAAUAACGGUAAAUAUAUUUAAUACAGUCUAGCGAUCUUUUUUCAGGGGAGCAAAGCAAUUGAAGGAGGAGGGGGCAGGGGCUCUGAAAUUUUUUCGACUACCAAGGAGGGGGCUCCUAAAGAAUUGAACCGCUAGCAAGGGGGGCUGCUAAAAUUUAAAGCUUCGAGUUUCAAUAUCUUCAUCCCCCCCCCUUGUCAUAUUAAAUGAACUUUCCCUAACAGUAAAAUAGAUCAAACAACGCAAAAUGUUUAAACUUUCAUUGUCAGUAAGUCCUGUCUACAAGAAAUGGUAAACUGCAGCGAUUAUCCAGAAGAUUCAGUCCAGAUUCUGGAGUCUCCCAGAUUAUCCAGCAGAGUUGACAGCACCCUCCUCGGUGUACUAGCAGGGUGCAAAGAAAGUCAGUUUUACAGCCUGCCAUUCGGGCAAGCUGUAGCUAGCAUGUUCUAGCCAACAAGUCAUUUCAACUAGCCCCAAAACCCUUUUUGAUUGGCAGGAUUGAUUAGUAAUCCUUCUGUAAUUGGAAUUUGCCCAAAAAAAACAGCACUUGCCCGUCGGGCAAGUUAAGAAAAAUCACUAGCCCCAUAGCAAAAUCCAAUAGCCCAGGGCUAUCUGACACGACUUUCUUUACACGCUGACUAGAAAAGGAAUCUAUAGAAAAAGGUUCUUACAUUGGGGUAAAUCAAGCAAUGGUAAUAUUAUGUCACUGAUGUUAUGCAAAAACUAAAGAAGUUCAAGUUGAGUUAGCCUUCUUCAAGAGAAAGAAACCUUAUUUGACUUUAGAAAAAAAAAAAAGGUUGCAGUUAAUUUUUUAUUUCACAUAAUUUCUAUUUUUCCUUUGUUGCAUAUUUAUUAGCAUACAUUACCAUACCCAAAAACAAUGUUAAAAUAAAAAUUAACUACAACAAAACUUGUCUCAAGUCAAGUGCAAGGAUAUAUUGAUUUGAACCACGACAUUCACAUUCGUAUAAUAACAGCUGUUUAUCAAGGUUUUUUUCUUAUCCUAAAGAGAGUAGAGCGAGCCUCAACUGAUGCUGCCAGAGAGGUGUUUGGAAACAAUUAUCAAAGUGUUCUGGAACAAGUCCAUGUUGAUGAUGAUGCCUUAGUAGAAGGUAAACCCUUUAUACAAGGUUUUCAUUCAUUACCAGCUGUUUUGUUACCAAGAUUGUCUCAUCGUCAGUCAGGGCCAUUCCAUUUAAUAUACACCCCACUUUCCUUCCCCACUCCCCCACCCCCCCCCCUCCUCCAUCAUUGAUGAAGGACUUUGAAAUUUUCCUAACCUUCAGAAAAAUGCUCUUUCCCCCGCAAAGCCCAGGAAAAUUGAUUCAUGAACAUGUAGUGUAUAUCCCCUCACUCAGAAAGAUUGCCCUAUAAGUCUAGAAUAACUUAAAGAAAUUUUUGCUUUUCUGUUACUUUAAAACCCUCAGAAAAUCGUUCAGUCCUUCAACCUUCAGAAAUUUCAACGGCAGGUUUGUGCCCUCACUGAGUACGCACAUAAAUAUUUAUUUGUUGCCUACACAGUGCUUUUUAUAAUUUUUGUUCCUUGUUUUGUUGUUGUGGUUGUUGUUGUUGUGCUCAUAGCUCAAGAUUUGUUGGACUCCUGGUUACAUGACAAGAAAGAUGACGAUUUUAACUUACAAGUUCAAUUUAAAGAGGAGAAAUGGGCUCAGAGAAGUAAACCCAUACAUGCUGUUACCAGAAACUCUGUUACUGAAGGUUACUAUAGUGAUGAUGUAGUUCAACAGUCACAUGACUGGACAUCAAGAAGCAGUCUUAAUAAUCAUACUCCAUCUCUCAAUAUCAUGGGUAUGUCAUGAGAUGAAUUCUCUUAACCUAUACAUGUAUUAUCUGAGCUUAGCAGGACUGUGUAAAUACAUAGUCUGGAAAACAAAGACUCCUGGCCCCAGUUGUUCAAAUCAUUAAUAACACUAACCACUGGAUAAAUCUCUAUCCAUUGGAUAACACAAUUGUUUUCCCUAAUACCUUUGCGCUGGAUGGUGAUUUAUCCCGUCGAUGGAUAGUGCUAUUCAACAUUUGAACAACUGGGGCCUGAUGUUCAAAAUUUUGAAUGUUUAUGAGGUCUUUCUCAUUGCUGCUUUCAUUGUUUCAAAGAAGAUUAUCCAGCAGCACUGGCUAAAAAAAUGAUGGUACAGCACAUCAUGCUGUGACUAUUCUAGUUACCUUGACAAAUAGAAAAAUGUUUUCGCAACUAAUAUUGUAGCCAAAGUUACCAAUUUGGCAACAUUUGCUUGCCCUUCAUCUGGCUACCUGUUGAGUUUUUAUUUUUUUCUAACAAUAUUAGAUUUAAGUGUUUAAUAGGUCUUUCUAAUGUUUAAAUGAAAAUGAAUAACCAUUUGCAUGAAAUUAAUAUUAUUUAUGCUCCAUUUUCCUUAUAACCCUGUCUGUUUGUAGGGUAGGUAUUUUAAAAAUCUUUGGAUGUUAUGUGCCCUUCCAAAGUUUGGGGCAAAUGCCAGGGAUAGUUUUGAUUUUGAUUUUUUAAACCAUUCCUGUUAAAUUGCUCAAAGUGUCCGUGGUGGCUUUUUCUGAGAACCAAUAUACAUGCAUCAUAUCUGAGGAACAUUUUAUACAUUUUUUACAUUUUAAUUAAAAUGAAUAACAUCUUUUAGUAUAUUUUUUGUCAUGGCUGUCAUGUGUUUUAGGUCCAGAGUAUGAUGAGGAUCUUCAUGAAGAGAUAUCAGUGCAGCAGAUUUUACGUGAAAUGCUGGACAAAGAAGUUGUAGAGAAAGACAUAAUGAAUGACUUGGGGUUUGAUGGUCAUAAACAACGAAAAGACCCAAGACCUAAGAUGGAACUCAGGCACAAACAGGUAUUGUAUUUAAGGGUGUUUCUGUUUGUCUUAGCAGCAGUUUAGACUUUGCUUUUUAGUUAAACUGAAAUAAUAUUAUACAUGUAUGUCUUUUCAGUAAACCUUCACAAUUUUAAAAAAACACUCUUGUGAAAAAACGAAGCUGUGGGAUCUUGAAAAGAAAUUGCCAUUGUAAGGGAUAUAAGCUCUUUCUCUGUCUUUUCUAAUUCUUUUUUACAUAUGUAGUAUGUAGUAUAAUUAUAUUUCAUGUAUGCAAUGUAUUGAAGGACUGUAAUUUUUUCUGGCACUGAAGGUCAUGAAAAGAAAACUGUUUCUUUCGUGCAUAUGUACAGGGGUGUAUGUGUUACAGGUCAAAUUUGAUCUUAGGUUAAUUUUGAUUUUACCUAGGCUGAUUCUCAAUUUUCUUUGUCCUCUAGCCCUGGUAGACAGAGGAAAUCAAGAAUCAACCUAGGUUAAAAAUUUUUAACCUGAGAACAAAUUUUGACCUGUAACAUAUGCAUAAUUAUGAAAAGACGGAGACCUUCAUUGGAAGAACAAAAUUUAUAAGCAGAAGAGGUCAUUAUUUCCCAUGUCAUUAGGUAAAGGAGAAAAGUGAGGCACGACAAAAAGAGUUGGAGAAAAAGAGAAGAGAGCGUACAGCUCGUAAGCAAGCUGAAGCAGAAGCUCGCCAACAGCUGAUCCGUGAAGAGAAGGAACAACAAGCACGGCUGAAGAGAGAGGAAGAAGCAAUCAACAAAGAAAUGGCCAAAAUUCGUCGUACAAUGGAAGAAGAAAGGAAAGCUGCUAGUGAAAAACUAGAAAAGUAAGUACCACUGAAGGCUAUUUCCAAGUUGCUCCUAUGUUUCAAGGCAAGGUCUGAGGAACAUGGUUACAAGAACAGUGUAACCUGUACACUCCCCCAACAACUUGUUGGUAAAAAUCCCCAACAGGGAUGGGGUAGACCGUGAAACUGAGUGCGUGCGAUGGAUGUACAGGGGACUUGACCUAUUUCACAUUUCUCAAAAAGAGGUAUGCAUGACAGCAUCCUCUGUUAAAAAAAAGAUAGUUGGUGUUGAUUAAGAAUUCUUCGUCAUUAUGUAUACGGCUGUAUAUAGAUUUUUUCUACCAUGGCAGGGCUAGCUCAGUUGCUAGAGUGCUUGACUGCAGAGUGGGAUUUCGCAAGUUCAAUCCUCAGGGCCAGAGCAAUUCUCAGAGCCUUAAAAUAACUAAGAAAUGAAGGUACUGCCCUUGCCCCGCAAAUGUCAAGACCUUGUAUGGCUCGGAUGACCACAUGGAAAUGGCAGUCCAGCAUGAGACAAAAAAAGGAGUCCUUAGUCAGUACUCUCCUGUUAAGUACAUUGAUACUCAAAGAGAGUGCUUUUUUAUUUGCUUAAGUGAAAGGCGUAAGGAUCAGAAAGCUGAGCUUCUUGCACGACAAUACCUGGAGGAAGAGCAAAGGAGGAAAGAGGAACAGCAGAGAAAGGAGUUUGAAGACAAAGAAGAGAUGAGGCGAAUGCUGUUGGAACAGAUGGAGAGAAAGGCAGCUGAAGAAGCCAGUAACAAUCUCAGGGUAAUCAGCGUUGUCUAAACAUCCUUGCUAGCCUUAUCUAGGCGUUCUGAUAGUGGAGUGUGGUGCAAAGUCAGAGCGCAGGAAAAACUAAGGAGGGAGGGAGAGGAGGGUGUGAGGAGAGUUCCUUCACUCUCAUCCCUUGCCCCACCCCCUCACUUUUUUCUUGCUCACUUUCCUUUACUUGGUGUGAGUGUCUGAGUGCCUGAAACAGGCCACACCCUUGUCGAUGAUACAUUUUGCUCAAAUUUCAGAGUACUGGUAUGAACAGUACGUUAAGGUCUCGGUAAAGGAAAACGAGGUGCCCACAGAAAAAAAUUCUAGUCGCGCGAGUAUUUUCGCUACAAAGGCAAGUUAUAUAUCAAAUUAAAGCUAAAAGACUAAAUUACCUUAUAAAAGAUUUUAUUUUAUCGAAUUUUAAAAGGCGCUUAAGUUUUUUGCUCGCGAACUCAGAGGUAUCGAGUUUACUGCUGAAGCUCCAGCCCUUUCGCGUUGUUAAAUAUUCACUUCCUUUUUAUUGCGUCUGAUUGACAGAUAAAAGACCUAAAAAAGGGUGUGAGGAAAUUUGCAUAUGUCUCGUAUUAGCGGAAUUAUUGCAUUUCAAACUAAAAAGUCGAAUCUCGAGCGCGAUUUACGCAAAGAAACUGACAUAAAAUGAGUUACAAAGGGAAAUCGGAAAAUUCCUCACACCCUUUUUGAGUCUAUAUCAUUAUCCAUCAUAUCUGAAAGUUUCAAAGCGAUAGCUUAAAACCUGUCCCGACUGGAGGUCGGAGAAUUUUGAUUUUUGCGUCUAAAAUAGAGUGAGAGAAAAUCAGCUCUAAAGAUUUAGCGCGAGGUCCACGCUUGGCUGGUUAGCGCAGAAAAGGCUCAUUUUAGAACGGUUAAAAAGCACUUUCUGAUUUUCUUUUUCUGCCAAAAUAAAAUUUAGGACCCACUCAUGCCAAAAAUCCGAAAAAAACAAAAUCGAGCAAUGUACUAAAAUUUUCAUUUACCGAGACCUUAACCACCAACCUCUGCUACUUACACCCGAGAGCUGUUUUUUUUUUCUUUUCGCUCAUUUCUGUAAUUGCAUAAUCGUUUUGUAGGAGUGAAAAUAAUGAUGAUCAUAAAGGCAAGAAAAAGUGAAACUUUUUUCAAGCCUGUUGCAUCGAAUAAUAGGUCUAAUAGAGACCUUUAGAUUCAAUGAUGACAGCGACUACAAGAACAAGAUUUGACUCUCAAAAAAUAAACACCUUGGAAAGCUUCUUUGCACUUUUUUUGUCACCAGAAAAGUUAGUACUGAUAUCUUUAUUGAAGGAGGUUAAGCCCUUUUCCAAUCACAAAAUGGUAAAUAGUACUUCUAAUGUUUGUUAACUUGUUUCCGCCACUUCGACAUUCUUGCCAAAACUUUUAGUAGAAUGACGACAGCCAUCACCUUUUCCCGCCAAAAUGACGCUGGUUCACGGGUGAGCAAUACUUAGUAUUGAGAAAAUCUUGUACUCGUAGUCGUCCUCGUCUCAGAGUCUAAAGCUCUCUAAUAAUAGAUUCAUAGAGGGCAGGCUAAAAAAGAUUUUUACUCUGCGGCAGGUUUUUAACUAAUGGAUAGGUCCUAUGUUUUUAAGUCUGUAACGUGGACAAUAAUGUUGGCCCCUCUUUCGUUAAGCAGUCUAUGUUAGGAUUAAACUAGUGCUGAACUCAACCCUAGUGGUCAAUUAUUUGAACGGGGUCAACAAAACCGCGUUCUAAGCCAGUUUUAGUUUGCCCAAAGCUUAUAUCUAAACACCAUUUACUGUGAACAAUUUCAAUAAAGCAUAUAGCGUAGACUGGAAAAGCACUUUUUUCUUUAAUUAACCCACUAACAAAGAGAUCUGGAGGUCCAAUGAUUUCUUAAACGCGGCCUUAGUUAGAUGAUGUUUAAGAAACUGACUCUAAAUGUUUUUUUGUUACUGUGUUUCAGCUUGUCCAGCGGUAUUUUUCAGCCUGGUAUUCAGUGAUUGUCUCUCAGAGGAUUAAGGUUGGCAAGGCACGUGCCAUGUCUGACUGGCGCUGCAAACUGAGGGCCUGGAACGCUUGGAGAGCUUACGUCAAUCACAUCAAAUCUGACAGGGAAGCUCAUGCUGUUACCAUGGAAAUGAAAGAAAAACACAGGUUGGUCUUUCUUGCCUCGUUUACAAUUUGAAAUUUGUAUCUUUACUGGUUUUUUACCUGGCCAUAGUCGUGUUUGGGAGUUUGGCUAAUGUUCGCGUAACGUAAAAAUCUGCCUGAAGGAGGGCCAUUUUAUGGAAAACUGUGGACAGGGUCACUCCGUAAAAGACAUUAUUUUUCUGUCACUAAUUAAAUGACAGUGUUUUCUGUCACUGACCGUUUUCUGGUCUUUCAAAGCCCAUCUGAUUCUAAUAAAUUCCUUUUGAAAGUGGGGAGCAGCAUCGUGAGCCGCCAUUUUGCAACAGACACCUGAAGACUAGUGACGUCAUUCAGUCCACGGUGAAAUUGGUCGGAAGCGACUACGAAAGACCGUUCUGCGAAACAAUGACCUACGAUCAGGCGUUCUUUUUUGGGGGGGGGGCAUGGCCAAGAGGGAAAAACAACAUAAAUUAUAGAGAUAUGGGGAGAGCAUGAUCGCAGGUUAGCGAAGCAUCGGUUGGACUGGCACCACCAGCUUCACAGAGAUAAAAGCAACGAAUCAUACGUCUCUGGAAAACUGUUCACCUUUCCCUCCCCUAAGCCAGCAUUAACACUUACUUCUCACCUAGGGCAAACUGUUGGCUUAGGAGCGGGGUAGGUGGACAGUUUUCCAGAAACGGUUAAAGCAACAACCCUAUACAGUCUACUCUCUCUUAACGGACAUUUCACUGAAACAGACACUUGGAGUUGGUCCUUACCUUUCUGUACUCCUUUUGAUUGACUCUCUAUAAGAAAGACGCUUCUCUAAGACGGACACUUACAUGUAUUGGUGGUACCAAAGGUGUCCGUCUUCUGGAGGGUCAGCUGUAUUCGUCACUCAGUUUUUCUUUGUUCUAGUUGCUUGAGUAUAGCAACAAAAUAGAUCAUUCUAGGCUUAAGUAAAAAAUGUAUCAGGCUGCAAGGAUUCCAUCCUGUCACACAAAAGUUUCUGCUUUCAUUUGCAGAAAAGAACAACUCUCGUCAACAUUUUACCGUCGUCGUCUUCUGUCACGCUGCCUGAGGGCGUGGCAACAGUUUGUGAAACACGAACAGGACGAGAGACAGCUUCGCGAGGAACAUGAUAAGAAAACGCAGAAGAUGGCGGCUCUGUUACAGGCAGCGGCUACUGGAAGGCUAUGGAGUGAGCAAGGCGGUAGAACGAACAUGGGAUUAGAAUUACAGGACAUUGAAGAUGAUUUAGCUGAGCAGAGUUCAAGUACAGCUAGAAAACUGGUAUGUUUUUCUAUGAAGUAUAAUUUAGACAAGCUUAUCCUAAGUUCAUGUAUAUAUUUAGAAGUAAAUGGCCUGCGAACGCAGACAUAUUUCCGGUCUUCGCUAAUCCCCAGCCGAAAAGUAACUACUUUUCAAGUGGAGAGACUGCUCAUAGCGUAGAGGAAAUCGCUACUGUUAUAAAGAUGCAUAUAAAGAGCAGAAUUUGGAGCUGUCUUGACGAAUGACAUUCAGUUCACUAUUAAGGUCUUGUUUGGCUGUCUUAAUUGGGGCCAUAAUAGUCCAAUUUUGCCAGGCUCAUCAGUGGACCUUGAAUGAGUCCCAGAUUAGACAGCAAUAGAUGUUUGAUAGGGCUAGUCUACGCUGUUACUCUUUAUGUCAUUUUUCAAUGCUUUCCCUAUAUACUCCCUCCUACUUACUUUAAUUUCUUUAAUAUGAAUUUGUCUUUUGCUUUUCCUGAGGAUAACUAUGCCUUUUUCACUUUUUUUCAGGACGAACUUUUCGCCCAGCCUGUGAGGACAGUAUCGCAUAAACAUUCAACGAGGGCAGAGAAACCUUUAGAACAAAAUUUCUCAAGAAAUGUUACAAACAUUGACAAACCGCCAUCUUGUAAACCAGCUUGGACUAAUCAACAAACUAAGGAAUUCACGAAGAAAAACAUUAAGCCUGAAAAGGAGAUGAAACUUAAGUCGCAGAGACAACGCAGUUAUAGCGAAGUAGAGAAUGUUGAGUUCCUUUAUUCAUCUGCACAAGCUAAAGACAAAAAGAAAGCAAUAGACGGGAAGGAUAAACCUAGCUUGACAAAGAGUCAGUCAAUAGACAGACUAGAUUCAGACAAUAUUCAGUCGAGAGAAAAUAUUUCGACAGAGCGUUCAGCACUCAGUACAUUUUCGGACGGUAACGCAGCUAGUUCGCGCAGUAAAUUUACGUCCAGAGAAGCCGUUGUCAAGUCACAAAAGUCUGCCACUAAACCACUACAUCUAGGUGAGUGUCAGCUGUUUCCUUUUCGCGGCUUCCCCCCUCUGAUUGGGCUAAAAUUUGCAAGUGAGGCCCCCUCUAUACAAGAACCUGUUUAACCUAAAAUUUGAAACAGGUUCUUAUUUUCUAAAAUCUAUAAAAAAUUCUGUACACUUGGGCAACGAAGAUAAUUUAGGAUCCUUCUUGGAAACAUAGGUGCGUUAUCACUCCAACCGUAGUUGUAGUGGUAUACACAUUUUAUGUAAGGAAUGAGCUGAAUACCACUAAAUACUCUUAGCUACAAUUUAUCUUUUUUUCUUUAGAAAAUAAGAUCCUAUUUAAAAACCUAAGCCUAAAUUUGUGCUAAUUACCACUGACAUAAGAACCUGUAUAGGCUAACUUGGAAAAUGCGGGUUUUCACUGUAUCACAACACUUUGUUGUGUCAGUAGUAGUUUGCUGUAGUAGUAGCUGUAGUAGUUUGUUGUGUCAGUAGUAGUUUCCUCCCACUUCUCACACACUUGAAUAGAAGUUAAUAUUAUAAAUUAGUAUAGGGUGCGUUCAUGACCAAACUCCGAAAUAAGAAUGUAUGGAAUAUUCACUAAAAAUGAGUUGUUUUGUCCACCAUUUUUCUUAACAGCAAUGGAGGAACGUGCUAGAGAGCGCAUGAAUCGUAAGAAGGCUUUGGAAGAAAAGAAGAGAAAAGCUGAAGAGGAAAAACUGGUAAAAGAAACAUUGAUUUUGUGGUUGUUUACCAUUUACAAAAAGUUUCCAGAAAAUCUGGUAGGAAAGUAAAUGGAACUCGAGUUCUUGGUUCUUUCCUGAGGAAAAUUUCUGGCAGUAACGGAACGUCUGAAAAGGUGGUCCUGUUUUUGAGGAUGGAAUAUUCCAAACGGAAAUUUGUGUUCCAUUUCUUCAAAGCCAUCUUUGAUACCAGUUUCAGGCCUUCGCGGUUGUUAUUUCGGUAACUGGAACUAAUUUAUACAAAUGGUAAACCUCGAUUCCCGAGACGAAAUUUACAAGUCCUGAAUUUUGCUUACCAUUUACCUAAACCUUGAACCGACCGAGUUGCCCGUGGAAAUGGUAGUUCUACACAACCUCUGUUUGCCAUUGCAGUUUAAGAAUUCUAUCCUGCCCGCGCCACUUAGCGUAGCAGCGCCUCUAAUCGAGCGCUUUUGCUCCGCCAAGAAGUGAAAAGUACUCUUUGACAAAAAAAAAGUAAAUUAUAACGAGUGUUGUUUUUGUGCAACAGGAAUUUCUAAAGAAGGAACAGGAACGAAAAGAGGCAGAGCUUUUGGCGGAAAAACAAGAAGCAUCUAGGAAAAGAAAAGAGGACAAACGCAUCACCAGAGAGGUAACAAACAAAAGCUUUUUUCAGAUUUUCUAUUUUAUUUCUUAGAAUUCUGUAGAAACCCAUCUUUUGAACAGCAUGUUUCUGGCAGCACUUCGUCAUUUGGGCAACAUUCUUUGACUUAACAGUGAACAUAUUAACCAGUUUCCAUGGAAAUUUUAUUUUCUCAGCGUGAGCUCGAAAAACAGCGUCAGAUGGAGCAUAAUCGACUACAAAUCACCAUGGCAACCCAGCACUAUGCGACCACACUUAUCACAAAGUUCGGUCUGUUACCUUGGAAACGUCUGGUAGAAAUGAUGCAGGAAAAUAUAUCACGUGCUACAUUACAUCACAACAGAGCGUUACUGAGUUCUUGUUUAUAUCCCUGGUUGGAAUAUACCAGACUAGUAAAAGAGGAACGGGAAAAAGCCGCUGAGCUGUUAUACAACAAGAUUUUAUUACGAAGAACAUGGAGACAGUGGAGAAAGGUGAGACCAUUUUGUUACAGUCAAAGCUUUAUUCACCCGUAAACCUUAAGAUCAAAGUUUGAAUUCUCAUUUGUUGCCCCUAUUCAUUUCCUACAGAAGUAGUGGGGAGAAGUUGAUAAAAUAUCAAGCAAAUUCAUCUUGUGUGAUCAUGUCUGUAAUCCUCAUGACCACUCUGAUCUGUUGUACAAAGCAUUGAUUUUACAAGGAUAAAUUUGAUGCUAAUCACUCUUAGGGCUUAAAGGGUUAAGGGUGUACCUCUGAAAAGCUUAUGUGGGUUUGCUGUUCGACACGUGUAAUGUGAACCGAUAAGUUCCGCCUCUGUAUGACCAUUUGGAGCAAAUCACUUACUUUUGCAUCUAUGGAAGAGCCUACUGUACGGGCAAAUCUCCAAUUUGUUUCGGUUAUUCUUUGCCUGUGGACACCAACAACCAACCAAUAGCCCACUUUCGAUAUAUGAAAAUUCUAACAUGACUCUGAGGCUUUAGGGUCAAAAUUUGCAAAUUUUUCACGACUCCAUUGUCUCGCAAUUUUCAGAAGAGAAUUGAGCACAAUGAAAACCAAACCUAAUAUAGAAAAAUGACGAGAAAGCCUCGGAGUCACGUUAGAAUUUUAAAAUAUCGAGCGUAAGCUAUUAAGACAAGGGGCAUCUCCACCUAAACGAUCCGUGGAGUCCUUGCAACACAGGCUUUUGUUUCCAUAUCCUAGAUCUAUAUUUUAUAGAGUGGGGAAUACAAAGCUUGCUCGUAAGCUUGCUGUUUAAGUAAUUAUCCUGGUAGGAAGGGAAGCAAUUUCUUUUUUUAUGGCGCAAUACGCUUUCCUUGCAUGGGAGUAUUUUCAUUUUCCAUAAAGAAUGCGUAAACCUAAAAAAAGGCAGUCUACAAAAUAAAAUGUAUCCAGGGUUGUCAAAAAUAUUUUAGGUAGCAGGAGAAUAACAGAAAGUAGCCAGCAUGUGUUUUCGGGCAGGGCCGGUAGGAGUAGAUGUAUCACUAUUGAUAUAACAGUUGAAUCCAGGUUAGAAGAAGCUGUCAAACAUGAUAGCAUCGAUACUGUGGCUGAAUUACGAAGUGCAACUUUCGUGGAAGCAUGCAAACACGCCGGAUGGAAAACAAGAGACAGCAAAAUUAAAUGCCAAUCACAAAUAAAAUGGGAGAAAAAGGGAGAAAAUUUCUCAUAACUUUAAUAAUUCAGCACUGAGACAACUACUGCGAGACAAAAAGAAGGGGUUCAAACAAACUUGUAGACGAAAGAAAUGGGAGUCUUUCCCAGGUAGGGGAACACAUAUCACUAGGGAUACGUGUUUCCCAGAAGGGGGAACACAUAUCACUAGCGAUAUGUGUUUCACAGGUGGGGGAACACAUAUCACUAGGGAUAUCUGUUUCCCAGGUGGGGAAACACAUAUCACUAGGGAUACGUGUUUCCCAGCAGGGGGGACACGUAUCACUAGGGAUACGUGUUUCCUAGGUGGGGGAGCACAUACCACUAGGGAUACGUGUUUCCCAGGUGGGGGAACACAUAUCACUAGGGAUAUGUGUUUCCCAGGUAGGGGGAACACAUAUCACUAGGGAUAUCUGUUUCCCAGGUGGGGGAACACAUAUCACUAGGGAUACGUGUUGCCUAGGUGGAGGAACACAUAUCAAUAGGGAUGCGUGAUUACCAGGAGGAAGAACACAUAUCACUAGGGAUAUGUGUUUCCGAGCAGGGGAGACACAUAUCACUAGGGAUAUGUGUUUCCCUAGGUGGGGGAACACAUAUCACUAGGGAUACGUGUUUCCCUAUGCGGAGGAACACAUAUCACUAGGGAUACGUGAUUACCAGGAGGAAGAACACAUAUCACUAGGGAUAUGUGUUUCCGAGGUGGGGGAACGCAUAUCACUAGGAAUAUCUCUUUCCCAGGUAGGGGAACACACAUCACUAGGGAUAUCUGUUUCCCAGGUGGGGGAACACAUAUCACUAGGGAUAUCUGUUUCCCAGGUGGGGAAACACAUAUCACUAGGGAUACGUGUUUCCGAGCAGGGGGGACACAUAUCACUAGGGAUAUGUGUUUCCCUAGGUGGGGGAACACAUAUCACUAGGGAUACGUGUUGCCUAGGUGGAGGAACACAUAUCAAUAGGGAUGCGUGAUUACCAGGAGGAAGAACACAUAUCACUAGGGAUAUGUGUUUCCGAGGUGGGGAAACGCAUAUCAUUAGGAAUAUCUCUUUCCCAGGUAGGGGAACACAUAUCACUAGGGAUACGUGUUUCCCAGGAGGGGAACACAUAUCACUAGGGAUAUCUGUUUCCCAGGUGGGGGAACACAUAUCGCUAGGGAUAUGUGUUUCCCAGGUAGGGGAACACAUAUCACUAGGGAUAUGUGUUUCCUAGGUAGGGGAACACAUAUCACUAGGGAUAUGUGUUUCCCCAGGUGGGGGAACACAUAUCACUAGGAAUACGUGUUUCCCAGGUGGGGGAACAGACAUCACUAGGGAUACGUGUUUCCCAGGUGCGGGAACACAUAUCACUAGGGAUACGUGUUUCGUAGGUGGGGGAGCACAUACCACUAGGGAUACGUGUUUCCCAGGUAGGGGAACACAUAUCACUAGGGAUACGUGUUUCCCAGAAGGGGGAACACAUAUCACUAGGGAUACGUGUUUCCGAGCAGGGGGGACACAUAUCACUAGGGAUAUGUGUUUCCCUAGGUGGGGGAACACAUAUCACUAGGGAUACGUGUUUUUCAAAGGGGGGAAUACAUAUCACUAUCGUUACGUGUUUCCAAAAGGGUGGAACACAUAUCACUAGGGAUAUGUGUUUUUCCCAGGUAGGGGAACACAUAUCACUAGGGAUAUGUGUUUCCCCAGGUGGGGGAACGCAUAUUACUAGGGUUACGUGUUUCCCAGAAGGGGAACACAUAUCACUAGGGAUAUGUGUUUCCCAGGUGGGGGAACACAUAUCACUAGGGAUACGUGUUUCCUAGGUAGGGGAACACAUAUCACUAGGGAUAUAAGUUUCCUAGGUGGGGGAACACAUAUCACUAGGGAUACAGAAGGGGGAACACAUAUCAGUAGGGAUAUGUGUUUCCCAGGUGGGGGAACACAUAUCACUAGGGAUACGUUUUUCCUAGGUAGGGGAACACAUAUCACUAGGGAUAUGUGUUUCCUAGGUGAGGGAACACAUAUCACUAGGGAUACGUGUUUUUCAAAGGGGGGAAUACAUAUCACUAUCGUUACGUGUUUCCAAAAAGGUGGAACACAUAUCACUAGGGAUAUGUGUUUCCCAGGUGGGGGAACACAUAUCACUAGGGAUAUGUGUUUUUCCCAGGUAGGGGAACACAUAUCACUAGGGAUAUGUGUUUCCCCAGGUGGGGGAACGCAUAUUACUAGGGUUACGUGUUUCCCAGAAGGGGGAACACAUAUCACUAGGGAUAUGUGUUUCCCAGGUGGGGGAACACAUAUCACUAGGGAUACGUGUUUCCUAGGUAGGGGAACACAUAUCACUAGGGAUAUGUGUUUCCCAGGUGGGGGAACACAUAUCACUAGGGAUACGUGUUUCCUAGGUAGGGGAACACAUAUCACUAGGGAUAUGUGUUUCCCAGGUAGGGGAACACAUAUCACUAGGGAUACGUGUUUCCUAGGUAGGGGAACACAUAUCACUAGGGAUAUGUGUUUCCCAGGUGGGGGAACACAUAUCACUAGGGAUACGUGUUUCCCAGGUAGGGGAACACAUAUCACUAGAGAUAUGUGUUUUCCAGGUGGGGGAACACAUAUCACUAGGGAUAUGUGUUUCCCAGGUAGGGGAAUACAUAUCACUAGCGUUACGUGUUUCCCAGAAGGGGGAACACAUAUGGCUAGGGAUGUGUGUUUCCCAGGUGGGGGAACACAUAUCACUAGGGAUAGAGCAAUAGAGUGUUUUCACAUGACGUUACGGCGGCCAUAUUGGUGUCCCAAAACAAUGAAAGGGCGGCCAUGUUGGUGUCCAAGACCAAUGCUGUGGGAGUUAAACUCUUUUCUUAUGCAAACGCUUUCUUUUGUUGCAAUAAAUUUGCAUAGAUGCUGGCCACGUGAGUGAAAACACUUCACAGGUUUAGAUUUGCAAAACAACAACUGUACAGGUGCAUUUCUUUCACGUCGUCGCACAACUGCGACGUGAAACUUCCUAAUUUCACAUUUAGUGGAGGGCGUGACCACAAGAAAACGAUUUUCUUUUUCUUUUUGUCAACUCUUUUUGUGAACUUAGAUACAGUUCUUUUAAAUUCAGCCCUUGAAAAAGUCGCCAAAGUCUGACAAAUGAAAAGAGUUGGAAUUAAGAGCGAGUAAGAUUGAAGCAGCGCUAAUUCACUUUUUGGGUGACGUUUAGGCUGCCGUUGCCGUCUUUUUUUCUUCAGACAUGGCGAUUAGCACUUCAAGGGAAUGACCAACAUCAAUUUUCUUGUGACAUCAUCACUGCAUCAACAAGGGAGAAGGUUAUGAGGAUUAAUGAAGUGAUCACCAAACAGAAAAUGCUUCGAUCUUUUAUCAAAUACUCUCAACUGAUUCUUUAAGGAAAUGUAUGGAGAUCUGUCUAGAGAAUUUGUGUGUUGAUAUUAGGGCUGUCGGGGUAUUACGUCUUUCUUAACAAAGCUCUCUUUUAUGUUUAGUAUGGUCAACACGCUGUCAGACUUCAGCUUGUAGCAGAAGACUAUUGCUCAUCCUUACUUGUCAAAAAAUACUUUAAAUACUGGCAAGAUUAUGUGACGGAACAACAGAUCAUGUUAUGGGACAAGGAGAGACAAGCCGAGGAACACAAUGAAUGGUAAUGUAGGAACAUGAAAAUAGAGAAACCAGAAAUUAUAACGGAAGCAUACUACAUUGUUCGUGAUCCCCUAUAUGUCCCCCCAUCCCCACGAAAAAAAAUUAAACUCCUUUAAGUGUUUCGCUUACCAUAAAAAAAAAAAUAUUGCGUCCUCGCGAACAACAACCCAAAAAAGACAUGUUAGGAAGACAGGUUUCGCUUUUGUUGAGAACUCCACCAUAUCUCUUUGACCUUUAGGGCAUAUUUCAAAUCGGAAUCCAGCCAUGGAAUGUUGGUGCAGCUAUCACACGGCGCGCGUUGUGUCGUUCCGUGGUCCCCUGCGCUCUCUGUUCGCGCGAUAAUGGCGCCUGGGUGCGAGAGAGCAGAUAUGAUACUGAAAAAAUUCUGGCUCCUAAGGCAUUUGUUUCGUUUGUUCGUUGUUGUUGUUGUUGUUGUUGUUUUGUUUCGUUUUUUUUCUCUCUCUCUUUCUCUCUUGUUUGAAAUCACUUCCCAACAUCUGUACCUUACUUAAGGUCUUGUUUACAUGGAGGUGGGAUACCCCAGGUAGAUGAGGUAACCCGCUUAGGUGGGGUAACACACCGGUCCAUACAAUCUCUCAGUUUAAUUUGAUCACGUUUACAGGAUAGGUGGGGUGACCCGCCACAUUUUACCUCACCUAUCUAGGGUCCUCCACCUACAUGUAAACAGGCCCUUAAACGUAGACGUUGGCCGGUACCUUCUUGGUACCCUCUCUAAUCUGUUUUGCUGUAUUUCUAAUUUUUAGUUAUACUGUCUUUUCUUUUUUGUAGGCGACUGAGGAAAAAGGCUUUGAUAUAUUGGAAGAAAUACAUACCAAUGAAAAGAUUAGAAAAAGAAAGAGAAGUCAGGAGGACCGAGAUGAGGAAAAGAGUCUCUUCGUGGCUUCCUGACUUUCAGAAUCUUACUGAAUCAUCGCCUUGA